CUCAGACGCGCUCGGGAUCUAGUUCUGGCCCCAACCGCCGGUUGAGUUACGGUCCGGUGGACACGCGCAUAAAAGCGUUUCAAGCCGACUUCUUAGCCCGACUACAGGCUCCACAACACAGAACUCACAGUCAAAAUAAUAAACUCGUAAGGAUGCACAGAGCGGUGGCAUCAACGCGCGCUGGCUGCGCGCUGCUGGCCUGCGUGUUGUUAGUGCUUACAAGGCUUGGCUUGGUCGCCGCGUACCCUGGCCGCUUCCAGGCAACCAGCUGCACCGAUCAUCCGACAACUGCGAUGGGAAAGCACCUAGCGCCCACAUUGGACGCGUGAGUACCACCUGCGCGCUCGCUCAGCGCGCAUGGCGUCGCGCAAUCACAACAAACAAGCUGGUUACCUCCUAAAUCGAUUGACUGCCGCUGCGCCCUGGAGCUGAUAAAGUAAAACAUGUUGACAGGAACAUUACAUUCACUGUCUUAACGUCCAACAACACUGCGACGGCGCAGCUGUGCCUGGGCGAGACCUACGCUGUCCAGGUGCGUGAACCCGCGUUUUGUUCUCGUGUAUGUGGCCUAUCAAUUUGACAUGAUGGCUGCUAUAGUGGAUGUGGAUGUCGCCAGCCGAAAAACCGACGCAACCGUCCAGAACGUGAAUCGCGGCGCAAAACUCCUCGCUCGCAGGUCUCCUUUCCACAGAAUCGCCUUGCUCUGCUGACAUCAAGCGUGGGACAAUUUACCAACAGCACUGUCACGCCUUUGUGUGUGCAGAGCAACAGCCUGACGCUGACCUGUGAUCUGAGCGGCGCCUCCGCCCCCAAGGAGGUCACGCUGCAGGUGACUUCAGCGACAGGCAUGACCUCAGCGUUCCUGCAGGCCAGGACCACCCUGCCUGUCAACGCCGCCUGCGGGCCUUGCGCAACUCUGCUGGCCGGCGCAUCCCCCGCCCCUUCAUCAACCAUGGAAAGCCCCAGUGCCGGCACCAGCCCAAGCCCUUCCCCUGCUGCUGUCAGCGGCAUGGCAACCCCCCAGUGCAGCACGUCCUCGCUGGGCUACGCCUGCGCGCUUCCGCUGGCCGGUGGCGGCGGCGAGACCCUGCACUGGACCGCGGGCACUGCCGCGCCACCCGACAACGCAUGCACGCGCCCCAACGCUUCUGUCGCCGCCUCUGCAUCUUCUUCCCCGGCAGACCUCAUCCAUUUUGCGCUGAGCUCGCCGCAGUCUGGGUUCCUUGCAGUGGGCUUCACGCAGCGCCCCGGCAUGAUGACCCCUUCCAACGUCGUACUUGGGCGCAUCGUGUCAGGUGUCGCGCAGGUCAACACCUUCCGCCCGACAUCUUACAGUCUUGGCACACCCACCACCGCAACCGGCUGGGCUGCGGGCGCCACCGUUCUGUCUACGUCAGCGGGAGGGCGUGUGCUUUGCUUCAGCGUUGCAGCUGACGGCGCGGCCGCCGCCGCCACUGCACCGUCUCGUCGCCGCCUGGCCGCCGCCACCACCACCAGCGCAGCCCACCGCCGGUCCCUUUCCGAUGCCUCCGCUUCAGCCGUGGCAACCACCGCAGCAACUAUCCCUAACAACGUGCUGGGACUCAACGCGGCCGGCUUAGAGAUCAUCUGGGCUUCGAGCAAUGCCCCGGACGCAAUGCACAACCGUAAGAGCGGCGUGUCCCUGAAUGUGCUGUCAGGUGCCGCAGCCGCCACCACCGUCAGCGACCGCCGUAACCAGAUGCUUGCGCUGCACGGUGCGCUUGCCGCCGCCGGCUGGGUGCUGCUGGUGCCUCUGGGCCUGCUGCUGGCACGGCACCGGCGCAACAUCGCGCCCCUGCGGUCGGCCCCCAAGCUGGGCGGCAAGGACAUGUGGUUCGUACUGCACCUCGCCUGCGUGGUCACGGGCGUUUGCUGCGGUGCGGCGUCCAUCGGUGUGGCUGUGCAGGAGCUGCGCGGCAGUGGCAUGUCCGACUCCACCGAGACCGCACACCGCGCCAUUGGCUGGACGGUGCUGGGACUGGCGGUGCUGCAGCUCAUGGUCGGUGGUGUCAAGCCGCAGCCCGACGCGCCUCGUCGCCAGGCAUGGUUCCGGAUCCACUCCAACAUCGGCCGUGUCACGACCAUGCUGGCUUGGGCGGGCACCGGCAUUGGCGUCUACAUGGCCACCACCCGCUACGGUCAGGACAUGACAGCCUGGGUGGCGCCGCUGGUGGCCACGCUGGGUCUGAUGCUGGGUGCCGAGCUGGGGCUGGAGCUGUCGGCUACCGCGGCGGACGGCAGGGCGGGAGAGGCGUACAUCGUGAAGGAGCUGCCAACCAAGAGCGAGCUGGGGCCGCAAGCGGGAUCAUCGCCAUCGGGCAGAUGGAUGGGUGGGGUGUCGCGCAAGUCCUCAUCGGGCGGCGGUGGCCUGACCCACCAGUCGUCGGGUGUGACGUCCCAGUCCUCGACGGGCUUUGAGGACAAGGAGGCGACCACCGGCAUCGACUGCACGGCAGCCGUCAGUGCUCGGGGCUGAUGUGGCAUGGCAUGCACGUGCAAUAUGCUGCUAUGUCGCUGCCUUGACGCUGCUUUGUUGCUGGGUAAAGCAACUUUAUGGUUACUUAUGUGUCAGUAGUACAUGGAAUGUGGGAUACGUAUGCCGCAAUGGUGAAUACAUGUACAUACCCAUCUGUCAACGCCGGUGGCGUACGUACGUACGCCGCCAGCCCAUGCCUGGCCCUGAUGUCCUAUGUCAGGGGUUGUUCGUAAAACUGCAGAACUAAUUUAUGUGCUUGAGCUCGCACCGUUUAGGGGACAAACGCAUGACAAUCAAUUGUUGAUGGUGAGCAUGUUUAUUUGCGAUAGAUUUGGUGCUGACUGCACGGAACGACAAGACACGGCCUUAUUCCCCGCCGUAUACAUGCUGAAGGAGCCUCCGCGUAGCGCAUGGAAGUGUAUGCGGUGUGUGCUGGUAUGGGUACCAUACAGCAGGAUGGUAAGGCGGAUAAGCGUU